GAUGGGGGCUGAUGGCGAAACCCGGGCCCUGAAGAACCUGCUGAUCAGCGUCAACUUGAUUCUGCUGGGCUCCGUCCUCACGCCGUCCGACGGCCAGCUGGAGGUCACGACCGAGCGAGUCAGGAGGCCGGCGGCGGCCGAGGCGGGCGGCGUGGCCGGCGCAGAGCGGCCCAUGGUCUUCAACCACGUGUACAACAUCAACGUCCCCCUGGACAGCCUCUGCUCCUCGGGCCUGGAGGCUUCGGCCGAGCGGGAGGUGAGUGCCGAAGAGGAGAGGAGGACGGAGUUCACGGACCAGACCACAGACAGCGGGAGCCAGGUCACCUUCACGCACAGGAUCAAUCUCCCCAAGCAGGCCUGUGAGUGCUCCAACUCCGUCCGGGUCAUGCAGGAGCUGCUGAGUCGAAUCGAGAUGCUGGAGAGGGAGGUUUCCAUCCUCCGGGACCAAUGCAACUCUAACUGCUGUCCAGACAAUGCAGCCACAGGGCAGCUGGACUACGUCCCUCACUGCAGCGGCCACGGCAACUUCAGUUUGGAGUUGUGCGGCUGCGUGUGCCACGAGGGCUGGCUCGGCAAGAACUGCUCGGAACCCGACUGCCCCCUGGGCUGCUCCAGCCGCGGUGUGUGCGUGGAUGGCCAGUGCGUCUGUGACAGCGACUCCAGUGGCGACGACUGCUCCGAGGCCCGCUGCCCGGCCGGUUGCAGCCCCCGGGGCCUCUGCGUGGACGGACGCUGCGUCUGUGAGGAGGCCUUCUCUGGGGAGGACUGCGGUGAGCCGCGAUGCCCCGGGGACUGCUCGGGCAAAGGGACCUGCACCAACGGCACCUGCUUCUGCCAGGAGGGCUAUGUGGGUGAGGACUGCGGCCAGCGGCGCUGCCUGAAUGCCUGCAGCGGGCGAGGAGUCUGCCAGGCCGGGCGCUGCUCCUGCGAGGAAGGCUACUGGGGCCCGGACUGCUCGGCGGUUGCCCCACCCGAGGACUUGCGAGUGGCUGGCAUCAGCGACAGGUCCGUUGAGCUGGAAUGGGACGGGCCGAUGGCAGUGACGGAAUAUGUGAUCUCUUACCAGCCGACGGUCCGGGGGGGCCUUCAGCUCCAGCAGCGGGUGCCCGGGGAUUGGAGCACCGUCACCCUCAGGGAGUUGGAACCAGGGCUCACCUACAAUAUCAGCAUCUACGCUGUCAUCAGUGACAUCCUCAGCCUCCCCGUCUCAGCCAGGGUGGCCACCCAUCUCUCCACUCCCCAAGGGCUGCGGUUCAAGACCAUCACAGAGACCACUGUGGAGGUGCAGUGGGAACCCUUCUCAUUUUCUUUCGACGGAUGGGAGAUUAGCUUCAUCCCAAAGAAUAACGAAGGGGGCGUGAUCGCCCAGGUCCCCAGUGAUGUCACAUCCUUCAACCAGACGGGCCUGAAGCCUGGGGAGGAGUACACUGUCAAUGUGGUGGCUCUCAAAGAGCAAGCCCGGAGCCCCCCGACCUCUGCCAGUGUCUCCACCCUGAUUGACGGCCCGACCCAGAUCCUGGUCCGUGACGUCUCAGACACGGUGGCCUUCGUCGAAUGGACCCCGCCUCGAGCGAAAAUCGAUUUCAUCCUCCUGCGAUACGGCCUGGUGGGCGGGGAGAGCGGGAAAACCACCUUCCGGCUGCAGCCGCCCCUGAGCCAGUACUCGGUGCAGGCCCUCCGGCCCGGUUCCCGAUACGAGGUCUCGGUCAGCGGAGCCCGCGGGGCCAACGAGAGCGACGCCACCACCACCCACUUCACCACAGAGAUCGACGCUCCCAAAAACCUGCGAGUGGUCUCCCGCACAGCCACCAGUCUGGACCUGGAAUGGGACAACAGCGAGGCGGAAGUGCAGGAUUACCGGGUGGUGUUUAGCACUCUGGCCGGAGAGCAGUACCAUGAGCUGUUGGUCCCCAGGAGCCCGGGCCCAACCACCAAAGCCACCCUCGCCGACCUGGAGCCGGGGACGGAGUAUGGUGUUGGGAUCUCAGCUCUCCUGGACAGUCAGCAGAGUGUACCAGCCACCAUGAAUGCCCGGACUGAACUGGACAGUCCUCGAGGGCUCAUGGUGACGGCCUCUUCGGAGACGUCAAUCUCUCUCAUCUGGACCAAGGCAGACGGCCCCAUCGACCACUACCGAAUCACCUUUACCCCGGCCUCCGGGAUGUCCUCUGAGAUUACCGUGCCCAAGGACAGGACUGCGUACACGCUGACGGAGCUGGAGCCCGGGACCGAGUACAUCAUCUCGGUCACUGCUGAGCGGGGCCGGCAGCAGAGCCUGGAGUCCACCGUGGAUGCCUUCACAGGGUUCCGGCCCAUCACCCAUCUGCACUUCUCCCACGUGACCUCCUCCAGCGUGAACAUCACCUGGAGCGACCCCUCCCCUCCCGCGGACAGGCUCAUCCUCAACUACAACCCCCGGGACCAGGAGGAGGAGGCGGCACUGGAGGUCUCGCUGGACGCCACCAAGAGACACGCCACUCUGACGGGGCUCCGGCCGGCCACCGAGUACAUUGUGAACCUGGUGGCCGUGCACGGGGCAGUCACCUCGGAGCCCAUUGUGGGCUCCAUCACCACGGGCAUCGAUCCCCCUAAAGACAUCUCAAUAGGCAACGUCACCGAGGACUCCGUGAUGGUCUCCUGGGCCCCACCCGUCGCACCUUUCGACUACUAUCGGGUAUCCUAUCGACCGACACAAGUGGGGAGACUGGACAGCUCAGUGGUGCCGAAAACCGUCACCAAAUACACCGUCACCGACCUCUCUCCGGCCACCGAGUACGAGAUCAGCCUGAACAGCGUGCGUGGGCGGGAGGAGAGCGAGCGCAUCUGCACCCUCGUGCACACAGCCAUGGACAGCCCAGUCGAUUUGACCGCCACCAACGUCACCCCAACGGAAGCCCUGCUGCAGUGGAGGGCACCAGUGAGUGAGGUGGAGAGCUACGUCAUUGUGCUUACGCACUUCACAGAUGCUGGCGAGACCAUCCUGGUGGACGGCGUGAGCGAAGAUUACCAGCUCAGCGACCUACUCCCCAGCACCCAUUACACGGUCACGAUGUAUGCCGCCAGCGGGCCUCUCACCAGCAGUACCGUCAAGACCAAUUUCACCACCUUGCUGGAUCCCCCCACCAACCUGACGGCCACCGAGGUCACCAGGCAGAGCGCCCGGAUCUCGUGGCAGCCACCCGUAGCAGAGGUGGAGAACUACAUCGUCAACUACAAAGCCACCGACGGGCGCCGCAAGGAGCUGAUAGUGGAUGCAGAAGACACAUGGAUUCGCCUCGAGGGCCUGUCCGAGAACACGGAGUACACCGUGCUCCUGCAGUCAGCCCAGGAUGCGGUCAGGAGUGGGGUCACCUCGGCCGUCUUCACCACAGGGGGCCGCGUGUUCACCCACCCUCAGGACUGCGCCCAGCACCUGAUCAACGGAGACACCCUCAGUGGGGUUUACACCAUCUCCAUCCACGGGGACCUGAGCCAGAAGAUGCAAGUCUACUGUGACAUGACCACAGACGGCGGGGGUUGGAUUGUGUUCCAGCGGCGACAGAACGGCCUGACUGACUUCUUCCGGAAAUGGGCAGAUUACCGUGUCGGUUUUGGAAACCUAGAGGAUGAAUUUUGGCUGGGGCUGGACAACAUGCACAAGAUCACGUUGCAGGGCCGCUACGAGCUGCGGAUAGACAUGCGAGAUGGCCCGGAAGCAGCCUACGCCUCCUAUGACAAGUUCUCCAUCGGGGACAGCAGGAGCCUCUAUAAGCUUCGGCUGGGAGCCUACAGCGGCACCUCAGGGGAUUCUUUGACAUACCACCAGGGCCGACCUUUCUCCACCCAGGACAGGGACAACGACGUGGCUGUGACCAACUGUGCGCUGUCCUACAAGGGGGCCUGGUGGUAUAAGAACUGCCACCGGACCAACCUCAACGGCAAGUAUGGCGAGUCCAGGCACAGUCAGGGGAUCAACUGGUACCACUGGAAAGGCCAUGAGUUUUCCAUUCCUUUCGUGGAAAUGAAGAUGCGCCCCUACACCCCCCGCCCCGUGACAGGGAGGAAACGGAGGUCCCUGCAGCCAUGAGAGCCAGAAGGAACCCGGAGACAUCCAACCGUUUCUGUCAUU